UCCACCUUAGCGCGCCGUAUAUAUUGCGCUCAGCAUGCAAUCACAAACACACUGGCACAGACAGGUACUGGUAAGAGACACACGUCCGUCGCUCUUCACAGUUUCAUCACAACCCAUCCGGUUCACUAUGGCCACAGACCACCAGAACCCUGCAUCCAAGCAGCAGCAGCCAGGCACCAGUGCUUUCAAGUUGAUCAUCUAUGAACAGGAGAACUUCCAGGGACGUUGCCAUGAGCUGACUGGCCCCUGUAAUAACCUCCAGGAAGCAGGCGUGGAGAAAGUGGGCUCCAUAUUGGUGCUGUGUGGACCAUGGGUGGGAUAUGAGCAGGCUAACUGCAAGGGGGAGCAGUAUGUGUUUGAGAAGGGGGAGUAUCCUCGCUGGGAUUCCUGGACCAACAGCAGACGUAGCGACAACAUCUUUGCAUUCCGCCCCAUUAAAGUGGACAGCCAGGAGCACAAGAUUGUCCUUUAUGAAAACCCCAGUUUCGCGGGGAAGAAGAUCGAGAUCAUAGACGAUGAUGUUCCCAGCUUCCACGCGCACGGAUACCAAGAGAAGGUCUCCUCUGUCAGAGUUCAGAGUGGCACUUGGGUGGGCUAUCAGUAUCCUGGUUACAGAGGCUAUCAGUACCUGUUUGAGAAGGGGGAAUACAAGGAUAGCGCUGAGUUUGGGGCCCAGUUCCCUCAGAUCCAGUCCGUCAGGCGCAUCCGAGACAUGCAGUGGCACCAGAGGGGAGCCUUUCACCCUGCCACGGGUGCCAACUAAGUUAAUAUGACUCCUGCACCAAACCCUGACCCCUGCUUCUUCCUACACCUCUCUCUACCUUAUUUACUCAAAAUUGCAUUUUGAUGCCUAUUGCCAUUAUUUCAGUAGCACCAUCCUUUAAAGCAAAUUAAUAAAUUCUUGUUGCUUACAGUACUUUUCCAA